GGGGAGGACGCGGGACAGACCGCCCCGCAGAGGGAUCCGGCGGCGGCGGAGCCGAGUCGAGCCGAGCGGGCGGCCGAGCGCAUUCCUUCCGCCGCCCCCAUGGCCUCGCUGCCCCCGUUGCUGCUGCUGCUGCUGGCCGCCUGGGCUCCUCUCGCGGCCGCCGCUUCCCCGGCGCCCGUGGGCAACGGUAGCGCGCCGGCCGCGACCGUCCUGACAGUGGCCAUGGUGCUGCCCAAGGACAACCCCAGCUACCCGUGGGCGCUGCCGCGCGUGGGCCCCGCCGUGGACCUGGCCCUGGAGGCGCUGGAGCCGGCGCUACGGACCGCCGGGCUGGUGGUGCGGAAGGUGAACGCCACGUCCGAGUUGAACGGCGCCUGCUCCGAGUCGGUGGCGCCGCUGAAGGCCGUGGACCUGAAGCUUUACCACAACCCGGACGUGCUGCUGGGGCCCGGCUGCGUGUACCCGGCGGCCGCCGUGGGCCGCUUCGCCUCGCACUGGAGCCUCCCGCUGCUCACCGCCGGCGCCGUGGCCGCCGACUUCAGCCGCAAGCAGGAGCACUUUAGCACCAUGGUGCGCGUCGGCCCCACCGCCCCCAAGCUGGGCGCCUUCGUGGCCCACCUGCACGGGCACUUCAACUGGAGUUCGCGCGCCGCUCUGCUCUACGUGGACCGCAAGACCGACGACCGGCCCUUCUACUUCACCAUCGAGGGCGUCUACGAGGAGCUGCGCCGCGCCAGCCUGGUCGUCGGCUACCACAUCUACGCGCCCCGAGACAACGGCAGCGCCGCCGGCGACGAAGCGGGGGGCCCGGACGCCGCCGUCCAGUUCAUCCGAGCCAACGGGCGAGUCAUCUACAUCUGUGGCCCCCUGGAGAUGCUGCACCAAGUCAUGCGUCGAGCCCAGUCGGAGGGCAUGACCCAAGGCGACUACAUCUUCUUCUACGUGGAUGUCUUCGGAGAGAGCCUGCAAGAGGACGGGCACCGGGGGGCUGCCAAGCCCUGGCAGAGCAAGGAGGGCCAGGACUCGGGCAUCUUGCGGGAGGCCUUCCAGACGGUGCUACUGAUCACCUAUCAUGAGCCCCAGACUCCGGAGUACCGAAACUUCCAGAACCAGGUGAUCCUGCGGGCUCGGCAGGAGUAUCAGGUGGAGCUCAGUGUUUCACUGAAGAACCUGGUGGCCGGCUGCUUCCACGAUGGGCUGCUCCUCUACGCCUUGGCCCUGAACGAGACCCUCCGUGAGGGCGACACCCGGCUCAAUAACAGCCGUAUCCUGGAGAAGAUGAAGGGCCGCAGGUUCCAGGGGAUCACUGGCACCGUGAGCAUGGAUCAGAACAACGACCGCGACACAGACUUCAACCUGUGGGCCAUGAUGGAGGGGGAGAGUGGCGAGUACCAGGUGGUUGGACACUACGUGGGAUCGGAGAAGCAGCUGAAGUGGCUGGGCCCCAUCCACUGGGUUAAGGGGCAGCCGCCCCUCGAUAACCCCCCCUGUUUUGACAUGGAUGACCCCUCCUGUGACAAAAGCGCGCUCAGCACCCUGGCUAUCCUGGCACUGGGGGCCGGACUGACCUUCAUCAUGUUUGGGGUUUCCAGCUUCCUGAUCUUCAGGAAGCUGAUGCUGGAGAAGGAGCUGGCAAGCAUGCUGUGGCGGAUACGCUGGGAGGACCUGCAGUUUGGGGGCUCGGAGCGCUACCACAAGGGAGCGGGCAGCCGACUCACCCUCUCGCUGCGUGGCUCCAGUUAUGGCUCCCUCAUGACGGCCCACGGCAAGUAUCAGAUCUUUGCCAACACAGGACUCUUCAAGGGAAACGUGGUGGCCAUUAAACACGUCAACAAGAAGCGGAUUGAGCUGACGCGGCAGGUGCUGUUCGAGCUCAAACACAUGCGGGAUAUCCAGUUCAACCACCUGACCCGGUUCAUCGGGGCCUGCAUUGACCCCCCCAACAUCUGCAUCGUGACCGAGUACUGUCCUCGUGGCAGUCUGCAGGACAUUCUGGAGAACGAGAGCAUCAACCUGGACUGGAUGUUCCGCUACGCCCUCAUCAAUGACAUCGUGAAGGGCAUGGCCUUCCUGCACAACAGCAUCAUUGGCUACCACGGCAGCCUCAAAUCCUGCAACUGCGUGGUGGACAGUCGCUUCGUGCUCAAGAUCACGGAUUACGGCCUGGCCAGCUUCCGCCAGGGCCACGAGAGCGAGAGCAACCAUGCGCUCUAUGCCAAGAAGCUGUGGACGGCCCCAGAGCUGCUGCAGAAGGGGACGCUGCUCCCGCCACCGCCGGCCAUGCAGAAGGCGGAUGUCUACAGCUUUGGGAUCAUCCUGCAGGAGGUCGCCCUGCGCAGCGGCGCCUUCUACGUGGAGGGCCUAGAGCUCAGCCCCAAGGAGGUUGUGCAGAAGGUGUGCAACAGCCAGCCGCCCUACUUCCGGCCCACCACCGACACCCGCCUGCACAGCGAGGAGCUGGCUGUCCUGAUGGAGCGCUGCUGGGCUCAGCAGCCAGCAGAGCGCCCGGAUUUCGCCCAGAUUAAAGCCUUCAUCCGGCGGUUCAACAGGGAAGGAAGUACCAGCAUCCUGGACAAUUUGUUGUCGCGCAUGGAGCAGUACGCUAACAACCUGGAGAAACUGGUGGAAGAGCGCACGCAGGCCUACCUGGAGGAGAAGCGCAAGGCGGAGAAUCUGCUCUACCAGAUCCUGCCCCAUCCGGUAGCUGAGCAGCUGAAGCGGGGCGAGACGGUGCAGGCCGAAGCCUUCGACUGUGUCACCAUCUACUUCAGUGACAUUGUAGGGUUCACCUCCUUGUCGGCAGAGAGCACCCCCAUGCAGGUGGUGACGCUCCUCAAUGACCUCUACACUUGCUUUGAUGCCAUCAUUGACAAUUUUGACGUCUACAAGUGUGAGACCAUUGGGGAUGCCUACAUGGUGGUGUCUGGUCUGCCUGUCCGAAACGGCAAGCUCCAUGCCCACAGAUCGUCCGCAUGGUCCCUGGCGCUCCUGGAGGCUGUGAAGACCUUCCGUAUCCGGCACCGGCCCAGUGAGCAGCUGCGCCUGCGCAUCGGGGUCCACUCGGGGCCGGUGUGUGCAGGAGUGGUGGGCCUCAAGAUGCCACGCUACUGCCUCUUUGGAGACACGGUCACACGGCUUUCACGCAUGGAGUCCAAUGGCGAGGCCUUGAAGAUCCACAUCUCGGCAGCCACCAAGGAGAUCCUGGACGAGUUUGGCUGCUUUCUGCUGGAGCUCCGGGGGGACGUGGAGAUGAAGGGCAAAGGGAAGAUGAGGACCUACUGGCUGCUGGGCGAAGAGAAGACGGCUGUCAUCUGAGGGGGAGGGGGCUCCCUCUGCGGGGACCCAGCAGGAGCAGCUGCUCCCACAAA